AUGGAUCAUCCAGGAAAGAACGCUUCCUAUCCAAACAACAUUCCCGUCUACCACCAUGCCUCCAAUAUUCGUCCUAUCAAUGAUAUAUCCCUUUCCCAGAGUUUGCGUCAUCGUCAACUUGAUGAGCUAUCUUUUCAUUCAAGGCCAGCACAUCUACCCCGCCAGCACAGCAAGCCUCUUACCCGACAUACCACCCACGCACGUCCGGAUACUACAAGACCUAGUAGAGCAGCAUCUCUUGCCCCCUCUCAUCCUCUCCGUCAAAACCGACGACACCGCCAACACGGCAACAACCUUCAGCAAAACCGUCUACGUGUCACGAAGCCUCCUCGACACUCUAAGAUCAAGAAGAAGGCCAAAACUCAGCCAUUGCCACUAAUCAAUUACGCCCAUUUAGCCACCCUCUGGUCCUCUCGCUACCAUGACUAUCGCCGCUGGAUCGCAGCUGCCAUUCGCAUGCGCCGACCCCCUGAGCUUUUCCUCCCCGUCACCCAGCCCGCCAUGCCCAUUUACGGCACUAACACCAUCUCUCCUACUGCCUCUCCUGUCAAUUAUAGCACCGGAUGUAUUCUCGCUCCUCCUGUUGCAAAGGAACUCUUCGCCUACUUUGGCCGCAAGAAGUACGGUCCUCAACGCCAAUGGAAAGAGCUCACAUCCGCCGCAAAACAAGUACUGAAAGUCAUCCAGGAUCAUCCAGAUGGACUGGGCACAGAUGCCGACUGGGCGGAACGGGUAUGGAUGGAAGGAAAAAUGGGAAAAGUUAUCUGCAGAGACGGAAAAGAGGGAUGGGGAAAGCAGGUGGUCGAUGAAUUGAAGAUCAAGAAUGCGCUCGCGGUGGAGUGGUUGAGGAAUCAUGAUAAGUGGAUGGAGGUGUACAAAGAGAGAGAAGAACGGAAUGAGGAGAGGCGGAAAAGGAGGGAAGAGAAAACUCGGCAGGGAGAAGGAAGUGUAAACGCCGAAGAAGGGCCAGAGCACUGGUAUGUCGGAGAGGAUGACUUAGAGAGUAACUGGGAGGAAAUUCUCGAUGCUUAUGGUAAAGAAGAUGACAAUGGGGAUGAGAUGGAGCAGGACUGA